AUGGAACCACCUAUCUACUAUUCGAAGGCCGAAUUCAUAGAAACAGACACAGGAAAUAAGGUGUCGCGUCGAGCCACUAUUGCCGGCCCACAGAACAUCAUUCUCGGAGGAAAGACUAUCAUCUCUAGUGGCGCUAUCAUCCGCGGCGAUCUACGACGGACAAAUCCUGGUCAUGCAGUCGUUAUCUCACUUGGUCGAUACUGCCUUGUUGGUGAGAACUGUGUCAUGAGACCGCCAUAUAAGACGUAUCGGGGCAACUUCAACUACUAUCCUAUGAAAAUUGGCGAUCAUGUCCACAUUGGAGCAAACAGUGUUGUAGAGGCAGCCAUCAUCGGGAACCAUGUCGAGAUCGGAAAGAACUGUGUCGUUGGAAAGUUCACGACUAUCAAGGACUGUGCUAAGAUUGCAGACAACACGAUAAUUCCACCCAACACUGUCAUUCCUGCUUUGUCCCUUUUUGCUGGAUCACCUGGUCGUUUUGUUGAGGACCUCCCGGAAUCUACUCAAGAGAUGGUCGAAUCACAAACGAAGCAAUAUUAUACGCGCUUUCAACCAUUCGACCGGUAG